CCUUGAGAUGUCGACCAGACAACGGUAUUCCGUAGAAGCCGGGAGCUGUGAGCCCAACAUGGUGGAUGUCAAUAUAGAUAGUAAGUGUAUGGAGAAGUGUAUGUCAGGUGCUGCUAUUUCUGGCGGCCAGUUCAGCCUAGGCUAUAAUUAGUCAAGCGGUAAGAUCGGCAUCGCAAGUUACGGUACCGUACCAAAGACUGAAGCUGAAGAGAUGCUGCGCAAUUCGCUUCAGCCACAAUCAUCUCAUCUCAUUGACAUUCAUCUGUCCACUUUCUUGCCCCUUUCUCUUUCAUCUCUCUCAAUCUCUCCUCGUUCAAAUAACGUGAUUGAACGAAACUCAUUUCGCUGCUAUUGUUGUUGCGCUGCGGGUUCGCCAACGCUACCAUUUGAAACCGCCCACUUUAGCGUCCGCGCGGCAUUGAUCGGGUUGCCCCGUUCACCUGGUCUUGGGUUUUUCGAUCGCUAUCGGCAUAAACAAUCCAUUCCACCCCAUCUCACGCCCCUCCACAACGCCUUUUGAGACGACUGCCUCGACAUACAGCGCAUCAAAAAGUAUCCUCGAUUUGAUUCCUCACAUAAAAGUCCGAUCGCUCUAUCCUCUC